AUGGCAUGUGUGAUCCUAAUGGAGAAGGCCGCACUUCCUACCCUCAAGCAUCCUCACCCUUAUAGGCUCCAGUGGUUGAACAAUAGUUGCGAUAUGCGAGUCACAAAGCAAAUCAAGAUUCCAUUCCGCAUUGGACGAUAUGAGGAUGAAGUCCUAUGUGACAUAGUGUCCAUGCAAGCUACUCAUGUGCUAUUAGGGAGGCCAUGGCAAUAUGACAAGAGAACUAGUCAUGAUGGCUUCACCAAUAAGUACUCAUUCAUGCACGACAACAGGAAGGUUACACUUGUGCCUCUCACUCCCAAACAAGUGCAUGAGGACCAAAUCCGGUUACAACAAGAAAGCGAGGAGCAAAGGAGAGUGAAAGGAGCCGAGAAAAGUAAAGGGAAAAUGGCAAUGACUGACUCGACCCUUCAGAGGAAAAUCGAGAAGAAGCAAAGCAUGUUCGCUAAAGCUAGGGAAGUAAAACGAGCCUUACUCUCUCGCCAACCUUUGCUUAUGUUAGUCUGUAAAGAAGUUAUGCUCGUUGCUAAUAAUGCUACUAACUCGUUACAUCUUGGUGUGUUAUCAUUGUUGCAGGAGUUUGAGGAUGUAUUCCUCGAGAAAUUCCGGACGGAUUACCUCCCAUCCAUGGAAUUGAACAUCAAAUAG